GCGACGGCUUCUCUCGCGAGGACGGGCGCCAUUAUCGCAGCUCCUCGACAAACACCACGAGAAUUCCGCAGCCCACACGGUGACAGAAACCCUGUCCUACGUGAGUCUGUUUCCUGCCCAUCUACCGGCCACUCUCCUCUCGUCCUGGAUGAUGUCAGAACAGGACCUGGCGGAUGUGGUGCAGAUCGCAGUGGAGGAGCUGAGUCCCGACCACCCAGUUGUAUUGGAGAAUCAUGUAGUGACAGAUGAAGAUGAACCAGCUUUGAAACGCCAGCGACUAGAGAUCAAUUGUCAGGACCCUUCUAUAAAGUCGUUCCUGUGUUCCAUUAACCAGACAAUCUGCUUGCGAUUGGAUAGCAUUGAAGCCAAGCUGCAGGCGCUGGAGGCCACGUGUAAGUCCCUGGAAGAGAAACUGGAUCUGGUCACCAACAAGCAGCACAGCCCCAUCCAGGUGCCCAUGGUGGCGGGCUCACCUCUGGGUGCCACCCAGACCUGCAACAAAGUGCGCUGCGUCGUCCCCCAGACUACAGUAAUUCUCAACAGUGAUCGGCAGAACGCCGUUGUAGCCAAGAUGGAAGACCCCCUGAGCGGCAGGGCGCCGGACCCCCUGGAAAAUAUCAUUAGCAACGCGGUGCCCGGGCGUCGGCAGAACACCAUCGUGGUGAAGGUGCCGGGUCAGGAGGACGGCCACAACGAGGACGGGGAGAGCGGGUCCGAGGCCGGCGACUCCGUCUCCAGCUGCGGGCAGCCAGGCGGCCAGAGCGUCGGCAGCAACGUCACCCUCAUCACCCUCAACUCGGAAGAGGACUACCCCGACGGCACGUGGCUGGGCGACGAGAACAACCCCGAGAUGCGUGUGCGCUGCGCCAUCAUCCCCUCCGACAUGCUGCACAUCAGCACCAACUGCCGCACCGCCGAGAAGAUGGCGCUCACGCUGCUGGACUACCUCUUCCACCGCGAGGUGCAGGCCGUCUCCAACCUGUCGGGCCAGGGCAAGCACGGCAAGAAGCAGCUCGACCCCCUGACCAUCUACGGCAUCCGCUGUCACCUCUUCUAUAAAUUUGGAAUCACGGAAUCCGACUGGUAUCGAAUCAAACAGAGCAUCGACUCCAAAUGUCGGACGGCCUGGCGGCGAAAACAGCGAGGCCAGAGCCUGGCCGUCAAGAGCUUCUCCAGGAGAACGCCGUCCUCGUCCUCGUACGGCGCCUCAGAGACCUUGAUGAGCACGCCGCCGGCCAGCGAGCUGCAGCCGCCCCCGCCGCAGGCCCUGCACUACGCCCUGGCCAACGCCCAGCAGGUCCAGAUCCACCAGAUCGGGGAGGACGGACAGGUCCAAGUAAUCCCACAGGGCCACCUCCACAUCGCCCAGGUGCCUCAAGGGGAGCAGGUGCAGAUCACACAGGACAGCGAGGGCAACCUACAGAUACACCACGUGGGACAAGACGGGCAGGUGCUGCAGGGGGCCCAGCUCAUAGCCGUGGCAUCUUCAGACCCUGCUGCCACGGGGGUGGACGGCUCUCCGCUCCAGGGUAGCGACAUCCAGGUGCAGUACGUCCAGCUGGCGCCAGUGACCGACCACACCGCUGCGGCCCAGGUGGGUCCUCCCUUCGGGAAGUGGACGGGGCCUGGGGCUCCUGCAGGUGUGAACACACUUGGGCAUGUCUACCUCGGACCUUCUCCCAUGAAGAAGGCGGCCGACGCCCUGCAGCCCACACUGCAGCCUGAGAUGCAGCUGGAGCACGGGACCGUCCAGAUCCAGUGAAGGGCCGCCACCGAUGCGACAGGACCCAAGCCAGAGCCGCCGCCCAGCUGGCUCCCGCGCCCACGCCGCUCACGCGCACCCGGCCCCGGCUGCGCACGGGAGGGGCCGCACGCGUUCUGCUCAAGUGCAUCUGAGCGCCUCAUCCUCGGGGAGAGCGUCCUGGUGACUGAAGACAACGGUAGUUCCCACGCCCCCUCCCGAAGACCCCGUUUCUUUUCAUCACCUCGCUGUGUCCAGGGAAGGAGCAGGAAGCGCGGUGCAGUUGCGUCAAGUACACGCGAGAAAUCAAGAACUACGAUAUUUUUCUCUGUUCAAACAGCUUUUUUUAAUUUGCUAUGGUGUUUAUAACAAAAAAACAAAAUUGAAAAAAAAGUGGAGUCGCAGAGGCCUUUCGCUGUGUGCUCUGUUCAGCGUAACGAGAAUAGGUAUUUGAAAAGAAGACGAAUGAUUUUAAUGGAAACGUUGCUUACCUACUUUUCUAGGGGGAUGCUGUCAGCACUGUAAGUGUACAUUUCUAAUGAAAUAAAAUGUAUUUAUGACCA